AUAUACACAACUCGGAAGACCAUUGAAUAGUCACUUAAUGAUGGGAUUCUCGGCGGUUGGCGUUCAAGCACUUGAGAGAGAUGAGAACAUCUUAUUGGGCGCUCCGGGAUAUCGAGACUUUUCGGGAACUGUUAUAAGACAGUGGACUGACAAUCGAGAAGAACAGUUAGAGUUGGAAAAGUUGCUCGAAGUGGUCGAUUCCCGACUCCCGACAUUCAAUAGUUAUUUGGGUUAUGCGAUAACCACUGGAUUUUUCGAUGCAAACCUCGAGUAUGUAGUGAUUGGCGCUCCAAGACAUCGACAUUUUGAUGGAAAGGUUUUAAUACAUCCUUUGAGUGAUUUUUCCGAAAGGAAACGAAACAGAUUUCAGGGGUAUUUGAUUGAAGUAAACGGCAAACCAGAAGCGAAAGGCGAAUAUUUCGGGGCAUCUCUUUUGGCACUCGAUAUAAAUAACGAUAAAUUUGAUGAUCUUAUAGUCGGAGCUCCUCUUUAUUCCACUAAUAGAGAUCGAGAUAUCGGAAGGAUUUAUGGAACAGAAUUCAUAAAAGAAGAAUUAAUUACUGGUCAUAAAAGUGGUGGUCGUUUCGGUUCCGCAAUGUCUUCAAGUGAUAUCAAUCUCGACGGCUAUAGAGAUGCUAUUAUUGGCGCCCCAUAUGAGAGCAAUAGUGAUGGAUCUAUGGGUGCGGUCUAUAUCUAUAUGGGUUCAGAAUUGGGAUUAAAUCUUAAAUUCCGGAGAAUAGGCGCC